ACUUGUUUCUUGCAAGACUUUCAAAAAUCAUUUGGACUUUUGAUUCAAUAACUAGUACAGCUGCUGUAGUAGUAGUAUUAUAAUAGUAUCCCAAAGCAAAGUCAAGGGUCCUGACGAUAAGAACUCAGUAGCUAGCUUCUUGCAGGUGUCGAAAAUAAAGACAAGGAAACACACUCUUCCCGCAGGUAUUCCAACAUGGCACAGAAAACGAGACUAGAAGUCUGCAUUGAUAGUGUGGAGUCAGCUAUGGAAGCUGAGAAUGGAGGGGCACAUCGCGUCGAGUUAUGUUCUGGCUUGAUUGAAGGAGGCACAACCCCAACAUUAGGUAUGUUCCGUCAAGUCAAGAAAGUGACUGCCAUAGACGUGUUUGUCAUUAUUCGACCUCGCAGUGCUGAUUUCUGCUAUGAUCCCAUGGAAGUAGAAGUGAUGAAGGAAAACAUUUGCAUUUUCAAGGAAGCAGGUGCCAGCGGUAUUGUUCUGGGUGCCCUCACGAAGGAAGGACGUGUUGACAGACAACUGACUGCUGAACUUGUGGCACUGGCAAGGCCUCUUCCUGUCACAUUCCAUCGAGCAUUUGACAUGGCUGUGGAUCUUGUGCAGGCCUUAGAAGACCUUGUUGAACUUGGUAUUGAGCGUGUACUGACUAGUGGUGGAGAAAGUACUUGUCUAGAGGGACUGCCCAUGUUAGCACAGCUUGUAAAACAGGCGGCAAAUCGCAUCAUUGUUGUGCCUGGUGGUGGUAUUACCGAGAAAAACCUGGACAGAAUCUUGUCAGGCUGCCAAGCAUCUGAGUUCCAUGCUUCUUGUCGUACUCGAGUAAAGAACUCUGUAAUGACCUUCCGCAACAGCUCCGUCAAGAUGGGUGCAUCCCUGAGCCCGGCGGAGUUCUCUCAUAAAGUGUCUGAUGCCUCCACGGUGUCCAGGAUGAUGGCGAUAGCUGACAAUGCAUGAAUCUAAUGCGCUGGCUGGAGUGCAGACUGCCGACACAUUGAUGUGUGCCCCUUGUACUCUGGAGUCCUCGCAGGCUUGCUGAUGAACAUUACGAACGUGAGUUUUGCCCAAUUGUUCUUAGGAUAAGCAAUGGUAUGGUAGCAUGCCAUCGUAUGCUCCGCCAGUGCGCACCACCAGUCAGUCCAUCAUGUCUCAUGGUUCCGGCGAGAGAUUUCCCGACUGGUUUAGGACGUUCAUUGCACUGGAAACAUUGACCUUGCGUACUGCAUGCGCGUGUGUGUGUUCACUGCCUAAUACAUUGCACAGGAAAUGGCUGCCUAGAUUGUCCAUACUCCCGCUGCAGUACUACAAGUACAAGUACAAGUUCAAGUAUUACACACAUACACACACCACCGUACUGUAGAUGAUAGGCAGCCAACCACAUCAUGCAAUUGCACUAGAUCUUGACUUUAGUAGCGCAUAGAGCCAAUACUGGCAUAGUGCAUAGAGCCAAUACUGGCAUAGCGCAUAGAGCCAAUACUGGUAUAGUGCAUAGUCAGCUACACAUUCCUAUUUCAACUACUGACAAUUUAAUGCAUUGCACGUGCUUGUCGCAUGUUUAAAAAUGACGCACACACAUGUGCUUGAACACAUGGCUCAGAGUCAUAAUGCCCCCCAAUAAUGCAUUGCACGUGUGUAAAACUCAACAAUGAAAGGCUUAUUGAUUUCCUUUGUAACACAUUUUUAUGGAUGCCCCACCAUAUUGAUGAUAGGGUACAUUGGAUGUCCUUAGCAGAAGAGCGACUCUGUACAGUGAAUGUACCGGUAUGUACUUGUAGACACUACUGAACUCUGA